AUGGCUCCCCUCCCGGAAGCCUUCUUCCCGUCCCUGGACAAGUGCUUCUCCGGGGACGUUCAGCUUCUGUCCUGGAAGCAAGCCUUCCUAUACACAUGCAAUCAUGCCAGCAUAGAUGACGAUGCGGAGCAAUUACAGGCCUUUCUAUCGCAUCCCGACAGCGUCCAGAUCCUCUCGAAUUGCUUGAACGGGUUUCCUUCCCCAUCGUCGAAAUCUAAGACGGACUUCGAAUCUAAAACAGCAGCCAUCCAUGCCGAGACUAAUGCGCAGUCGUCGUACGACCUCAAGGAGAUCAAAGCGGACGCUCUCUGGCUCAGCGAGAAAGCUGGGAUCGACGAAAUCAACGCGCUUCGGAUCACCGUGUUGGAAUGGCAACACCGACCUGCUACACGCCUCUUGACUCGCUUCGCCGGAGAGGAAACAACAAGUUUACAAAGUGCAACAGGGGCCGACAAUCUGCGCGCGUCCCUCGCAGGUCCUGCUCUGGCGGAAAUUCUCAAUCGCAAGAUCCUGACGAAUGAUGAUUCUGCCGACUUUCUUUCCGAGAAAAGCAGGCGCUUGCGGCUGCGUAGUCUCUAUCUCUCCGAACGAAGCCACGUUAUCAAGACAUCCCGCAAACUUCUAGGCUUUUUCCAUCUCAGCAAAGUCGAGGUCGGCACCACCCAGCGAAGCGAUUUGUGCCGUUUAGGCGCCAAGAUUUUCGAAGACAAACUCAAAGGAGGAAAUUGGCACGCAUUCAGUGAAAGCUGUAUUGAAGCUGUUCGCAGUCGACUGACGUCUCUGGCGGAAGAUGGUGGGUGGCUGAGCGUCACGGAGAGUAGCCAGCAAGUGGAAGACCUGCGGACAACGACUCUCGUUGAGGAAAUCCUUCAUAUCGUGCAGAUAUUAUUUUACCAACUCCAGGCCUCCACGGAGAUUCCAUCCGCCAAGCUCGUGCUCUCUUGGCUCAAGCUGAUGGUUGAGUAUAGCUUUUUAGAGCCCCUUGUCAUUCCAUGCCAGGAUCCCCUGGAAGUGUUGGUGCCUCUUCAGGGCUUUGUCUCUCUAACCACUAUAGCACUUCUUAAGCUCCAGUUGUCGAUUCCUUCACUCAUGAACAGGACGUUCACGAAGGGCAAGAACCCCGAAUCGUCUAAAACUCCUUAUUUCUUGGGCAAGGAGGAGCUCGGCCAAAUCCACGAAAUGUUCCUCUCUGAAGGAAUUGAAUGCAAGACUGCUAAUCCGGCCGCAUUCGCGUGGGGCAUGAUUUUACACACCAUGCGAGAACUCGCAUUCGAAGACAGGGAGACCCGCGAGCUAGAGCAAUUUCAUAGUGCGGUUGAUUCCUUUCAGUCCAAUACACCCGACUCAAAUGUUGGCCGGUCAUCCGAGUCUUCUCUGUAUGAGGAUUUACUUGAUCGCGCACGGACAUUGAACUUCACUAUCGAUGAUUCCAUUAAUGCUUUGACCUCAGAUGUCAUGAAGGAAGUUGUCUUCGACACGAUCGUCGCAUUGGCGACUAAAGUCGGGUUGACAUCCGCGGUCGAUGAUCAACUAACAGGCAAUUGGAUCAGAGUGGUGUUGCUAGACUUUCUUGGGGCUGCAGUGGUCUUCUUGGACUAUUCUCCGGAGAUCCUUGAAGCCGUCCUAGCGAUCCUUGAUGGGCCUGCAGCAGACCCUCAGUGGCUUUCAGACUCACAACCGCCUCUCUCCACAGAUCCACGGCUACGGUUCGUCAAGGAGGAUCGCUUGAUGGACAAAAUCUUCCGGCUCGCACGCUCGCGAUUCCCAUAUGAAACAGUACCUUUCCUGAAGUUGUGCCGUGCUCUUGUGAGCAAAGAUCUGGUCGAUGAGGAAGGCCUUCCCUUGAUUGUCGCGGAGCUGGAGAACAUGGGGUCAUUUACUCAAGCCGUACCUGAAGGUUUCCACGGUUAUCAAACAGUGAGAGAGGAUGAGAACGCGAAUUUUGUCACCCUCGUCGAGCCGUUGCCGAUGGUGUCUUCCACUCCUCGGAGGUGGAUCGGCAGCCGUGAUAUGGGCAAUGCUUUGGUUGUCACCGCCUCUUCCCAGAUUCCAUCAACGGCAGUUGGCCAAGUCAUCUCUGAGUCGAGGCCUGCAGUCAUCGCGUGGCAUCACGACUACUCCUGUUUGAGCUAUCUCGGAAGCUGGUUGGAAGAAUGGAAUGAGCAAGGUGGUUUCGCAGCAGGCUAUGGGGAUGAUUCCGUUGCGGAUUCCAUCGGACUUCUUGCCGACCUCAUGGUAGCUGCUAAGGAUGCGCAGGCACAGAAUGGAGAUAGGUCUGGCGCCAAGCGAAUCCUAGAACUGGCGAGUGACGGUCUUUCUCACCAGGGCGAUAUCAUAUCCUUGAUAUUUGAGAUUUUCGAAAGGAACCUUCCACUUGUUGGCUCAAGAACAGGCUUGGAUACUGUACUUGAGAGCACGAUUGCCUGUUUACGGUUCAUUCAUGCCCUGUUAGAGGUUCUCCCAGGCAGAGUCUGGCCAUUCCUCUCCCGUAGUGGCUUACUGGGCACCGACGGAAAAGGUGGCGUUAUGACGACCAUCAUAUCUGCUGCGGAGGUAACAACGGGAAACUACCCUUUCCUGUUGGGCUGUGUACGGUUGUUUGAUGCUGUUGUCGACGAUGCAGCCUCUCGCGCCGUCUUGAGACGGAAUCCCAAUGGCGUCAAUGGAAAGACAAUGAAUGCUGCAGACUGGACCGCGGGCGUUCCUUCACAUAUGAUGCGCGGCAUUCUACUUAACUUUGUGCGGACAAUGGUCGACGCCUACAACAGUAAUGGAAACUGGAGAUUCAAUGCGAUCGAGCAAAGGUUUGCGGUAAACACCUCGCUUGCCAGGACAUUCGAACGUAUCCUCUAUUACGCAUACGGAACAAACGAGGAUGAAAAACUGGACUUGAAGGCUACUGGUGUCUUCUCAUCCUCCGCAACAUUCUUGCUGGAGGUGAUGCGUCCUGAGGCGACUGCUGAGCUGCCGUUCAACUGCAUUCUACGCCUGAUUCUCGAUGGGUUACAGGCUCCUUCUACUCUACACCUUCGUUACUUGGCGCUCAUUCAGAAGCAGGUGCUAGAGACAUUAGAUCUUUCCCUCAGGCUGUUGCAGGCAGCACGGUGCCUGAAUCUUACCCCAUCGCUUCUCGAAGAGCAGCUUUUCAAGGCUACCCCUGCUCUGGUGAAGUUGUAUGCUUUGGAUGACGCCUAUCGUUUCCCGAUCAUCUCAAUCUUAGAGAUCCUCAUAUCGGGCGCCGCUUCGGAUCCCGCGAAGGAACCACCAUCCCUGGUCGGUCACCUUGGUCCCGAGUCAGCCUGCCUCUUUCUCGACAUUAUAUCCCAAUUCGAUAAACCUCUCAAUGACCAGCGCCUCCAAUUGGCAAUCUGGCAAUUCCUGUCCACCAUCAUAAGCAAGCGUCAACCAUGGCUUGCUGUUUACAUACUAACGGGGACGUCGCCGCGCCAAUCGCUGAAGAAGAAUGACAAGCAGAAGGAGGUUGCUAUGAGAGGAGGUCCUUUCUUGCAGAUCGCUCUUGACACUCUUGCGAGGAUAGAGCAGACUGACCUUCAAUUAGCACUCUCGCUACUGGCUUUUGUUUCGCAUGCGCAGGAGAAUUGGCCAUGGGCGACACCCGAGCUCAAGAAACACCCACAAUUCUUCACCAGUAUUGUCAACUAUGUCUCGAAGCUGAAGAUCUCGUCUCUGUCAGCGACUGACCAGGUGUUCGCUACUCGGAUAGCGGCCGUGGUCGCGGAUCUCUGCGGCGUCUAUCUGCAUGCGGCGAAGGACAUGCAGGAUAAGGGCUUCUACAAGACCAUGAUUCCCCUUGUAUCUUGGUUCUCCAAAGAUGCGGUGGACGUAUCUGCGUACAACGCCUCGCUACAUGCGAAUCUCAAGAAGAACUUCGAAAUGAGAUACCCUGGGUGCAAACUCGCCGACUUCAAGAGGUCCCCGCUGCAAACCCGAUCUCUGGGACCAGCUUACUUCUAUGACGUUGAAUUAGGCCAGAAGCUUCUCUCAUACGACUUUGCCUGGACAGGGACUCGGAACCAAGGGUUUGCCGAGGAGUUCCAGCGCGCCAACCUCAACUUGUCACUGGUUGAGGCGCAAGUGAGUCUUCUCUACAGCUGGAAGUUCUUUGCCAUCGAGCAUUGCGAGGACUUCAUGGCGGAUCGCGAAGUGCAGAAGUCGAUGGCCCUGGUCGUACAGAGCUGCCUGGAAGCCAACACGAGAGGCGUUCCUCAGGAGGCUAUCUUUGAACGCAUACAGCAAACCCGAGCGGAGUUUGCCCAGGCCCUGCUUCAACGCCUGGUUACCGUUGGCGCCAAGGGAGCCGAGGUGUUCGGUCUUCUCAAGGUCGUAUGGGAUGCAUUGCGAUCUCGCCGUACUUCUUACGAAGAAGCUAUCAUCAAUGACGACACGGAGUAUUACCGCUUAUUGUUGAACGUCCUCUUCCUUGCACUGCAGUUCCACCUCGAUACCCCUGCUCGGGCCGCACCGGAAACUUUGACCAAGAAGGCGGAAGUCUCCUCUGACCUGGGAGUCGUGGUUGAAGUUGUCAAGGUUGUUGUUGCGCAAGGCUUCAAGUCCUUAGUGACUUAUCUCCACGAGCAACCCGAAAAAUGUACGCCCAAGGACUUUGCGCUCCUCACCGCGAUUUUGCAGAGUGCCUUGCAGGUGAAGAACGUCGAUCGCUUGUUCGAACACAUCGUCUACCACAUUGCCGAUAACGACACAGCACGACUUGCAACUUCGUUGUUCUCAUGGGCUGAUCAGCGGACUGUGGCUGGCGACCCUGUGUACGGCGAGCUGAGCAUGUCCUUGCUGGUCAAGCUGUCCACUAUCCCUAUGCUAGCUGAGCAUCUAGCCGUUGAGACGGUCCUCGCACGGAUCUCCACGAGCCGACUCUCGACCUUCAUGCGCCAGAGCAAGGGAUUCGGCCCAUUCGACCCAGUGCCCCGACUCUAUUCCAUCUGGACCGGUGGCAUCCUUCCCCUGUGCCUGAACCUCCUCUACCAUGUGAUGCGCACGGCGCCGGAAGUGGCCGGGUUCCUCAACCAGUUCGAAGGCCAAUUGACCCGCUCGGCCGAAUCGUUCGCCGCAACCCGCGCGGUCAGCGCUUCCGGGGUCGCUUCCACCCGGCGACUCACUCUCAGCAUGGUCUCGGAAGCGUACUCCCUUGCGCUGAUCUCGUUCAUCCUGACCCGGUUCCGUCAAGCCGGCGCCAGCAUCGGCGUGGACGCCCAGGCGAUCAAGGAACUGAAAUGGGACAAGGCACAGGUCACGGAGGACAUCGAGGAGCUGCUCGAGCGCAAGCAGAGCCUCCGAGCGCGGAUCGUGGCCACCAGUGACAAGGAGCUGGAGCUGGCGCGUCAGAAACCGGUCGAUGCCGCCUCGGGGGCCGAGAACCGGCUGGAGGAGAAGAUCACGAGUGAGCUGAAGGCAACAUUGGUAUGCCUUGGUGGGGAUGAGGCGUGAGCUUCUUUCCCCUGAAGAAUGGCGUUUGUUUAGAAUUCCAAACCAGACAAAGAUUUUUUUGCUCCCUUCUGUGAGGACUGUUCUAUAUGUCGUACUUAUGACCUUUUAUUAUUUUCCAUCUGGUGAAGCGAAUUCAAGGGGAUACAUUUUUGUUUAGGAAG